UGUGUUUGUGUGUGGAAGUGUCAGGCGCGUUGACUGUUCCUCAUCUUGUUUCUUGCAGUUCAGUAAUAGGGCACCCGUCUGCGGUUCAUGCCGUUUGACUCAGAUUCUGAAACUGUUAUUUCUCGUCAUCCACUGCAUCAGGUGCCGGUGAGGUCUUUAUCCCAAAGCUGGUGUUGGUUACUGCAGAAACACCCUGUGGAUAGCGGAACCCAUUUAUAGUCACGUAAUCACACCCGCUGGGGACCAAAAAAAAAUGGAGAACCAAACAUCAGCAAUGAGCGAGGACCUCCAUGUGAACUGCAGUAUGUCUGGAAGACACAGCUUCAUCUUCACCUUCAUCCCUGUAGUCUACGGAUGCAAUUUUGUCAUCGGGAUCAUUGGCAAUAGCAUGGUCGUGGCUGUCAUAUUCCGCUACAUGAAGCUAAAGACAGUAGCAAACGUGUUUGUGCUCAACCUAGCUAUAUCAGACCUCACCUUCCUUAUCACUCUGCCAUUGUGGGCCACUUUCACAGCCACAGGUUACCACUGGAUUUUUGGGGCCUUUCUGUGCAAGGCAAGUGCUGGACUGGUGAUCUUCAACCUAUACACUAGUAUAUUCUUCCUCACCGCUCUUAGCAUUGACCGAUAUCUUGCUAUCGUACAUCCGGUGCGCUCCCGACGCCAGCGCACACUUUUUUACGCUAACCUCACAUGUGUACUCAUAUGGCUGUUUGCUUUGCUCCUUAGUGCGCCCACAGCGCUAAGCAGGGAUGUUUACGAUAUUGGGAAUUUGACAUUGUGCGCCGUGUGGCACAGCAGCAAGCAGAUCCAUUUUCUAGUUACUCUUAGCGUGCUAAAAAGUGUGUUAGGUUUCAUUGUGCCUUUCCUCAUCAUCAUCACCUGCUACUGCCUCAUCGGUCGGGCACUUCUGGGAUCCAGGGGUCUGUUGAGGAAAAGUGUUCGCUCUCGAGAGGAUGAAACUUUACGGAUGAUUGCCGCCACCGUGCUUGCUUUCUUUGUUUGCUGGGCUCCUCACCAAGCUUUCCACUUCAUGGAGCUGCUGGCCACGCUUGGCGUGGUGGAAAACUGCCAAACGCUGGAUGUUAUUGACACAGCCAUGCCAUUCACCAUCUGCAUCUCCUAUUUAAACAGUUGUGUAAACCCCAUUCUUUACGGAUUUGUUGGACACAACUUUCGCAAGAACCUACUGAGGUUGCUAAGCUGUGGGUCCGGAGAAGCUAGCAAUCGCUUUAGCAUCAACUCAAAGAUUGAUGUCAACUCCCAUUGUAACUCAGGACUGCUUAAUCAAACCAGCUCUAAGAAUGAUUCAGCUUCCAUGGUUAAGGCAUCUUAAAAGUUUAAAACAUACCUUUAUAUUUAUAUAUGCUUUCUGGAGGGAUUUUGAGGUACUACAAGAUACAACAUUCUUCACUAAAGCAUUACAGAAGCUUGCUAAACAUAAUGCUUUUGUUAAGUUACUGUAUCAGCAACACACUGCUUCU